AUGGGCUGUGAGCUAGUACUUUGCCAUUUAGAUAUAGCGCCUCGAAAUAUCCUAUGGCAGGAAGAUGGCUCUCUCUGCCUCAUUGACUGGGCAUCUGCUGGGUAUUAUCCAAGAUUGUUCGAGUUUUGCGCACAGUGGAUUAUUGAAGGAAAGGACGGCGAGUUUAAUUCCCUUCUCUUGAAAUCGAUGAAUCCUCUACCGUACCAAGAGAUGGCGCAGAAAGAGUCCGUCCUAUGUGCAUGGAGGAAUAUUCAAAAGUAUCCUUUCCGAACCAAAAAUACAAAUUCUUCCAAAACAUUAUCAAGAGAUUCAAUGGAUCGUAUUCCUGCACCACCCCAUCCAAUGCCAGACUAUCCGCCAGGCUGGCAUGAACAAGCUCAGCAGGAAGGCAUUACCCCGACAGGACCCACUCUGGUCCCUCCUCCACGCUCCUCUCCAGGAACUGGAGAACAAAAUCGAGUUUACAAUCGCGUCGCUCGUUGUUUGCGCGCAAUUUGGGCUCCGCACCCUAAACCAUCUGAUGCUGCGUAG